GAUGCCGGGACCUGUGGUUGGGAAUUGCGGAGUGGUGUCUCGGUCCUAAGGUCCCCCAGGCCGCAGGCGACGGAUUGGGUCUGGAGCACCAGGACCGAGUGUGUUUAGAUCUGCGUCUCUGGUUCCGCUAGCAGAUAUCAUUGUGUGGUUUGAGAAUCAGGAAUGAAAUCUUCUGAAAGCUAAAAACAGGAGCAUUUUUUGGUCAGCAUGGAGGAUAAAAGACAGCGAGCCAGAGUGCAGGGAGCCUGGGCUGGCCCUUCUAAGAGCAAGGCCAGUGUUCAUCCUGCUACCACUGCUAAGAGUCACCUCCGCCAGAAGCCUAGUCAGACUUGGAAGAACCAGGAGCGUCAUCUGUCUGACAGAGAGUUUGUGUUCAAAGAACCCCAGCAGGUAGUGCGCAGAGCCCCAGAGCCACGAGUAAUUGACAGAGAGGGUGUGUAUGAAAUCAGCCUGUCACCCACAGGUGUAUCUAGGGUGUGUUUGUAUCCUGGCUUUGUUGACUUAAAAGAAGCAGACUGGAUAUUGGAACAGCUUUGUCAGGAUGUUCCCUGGAAACAGAGGACUGGCAUCAGAGAGGAUAUAACUUAUCAGCAACCAAGACUUACCGCAUGGUAUGGAGAACUUCCUUACACUUAUUCAAGAGUCACUAUGGAACCAAAUCCUCACUGGCACCCUGUGCUGAGCACGCUGAAGAACCACAUCGAGGAGAACACUGGCCACACCUUCAACUCCUUACUCUGCAAUCUUUAUCGAAAUGAGAAGGACAGUGUGGACUGGCACAGUGAUGAUGAACCUUCCCUAGGGAGGUGCCCCAUCAUUGCUUCACUCAGCUUUGGUGCCACACGCACUUUUGAGAUGAGGAAGAAACCCCCACCAUUCCACCUGCUGACAAAUCCAUUAGUGGUUAAUGACAUCACCAUUCUCUUAGUCAAGUUAACAAUAAAGAAAAACUAUGGUGAUGACGAUUUUAAAGUUUGUAAUUUCUCAGGAAGAGAAUGGAGACUACACAUAUGUGGAAAGAGUGAAGAUACCCUUGGAUCAUGGGACCUUGUUAAUCAUGGAAGGAGCUACCCAAGCUGACUGGCAGCAUCGAGUUCCCAAAGAGUACCACUCUAGAGAACCGAGAGUAAACCUGACCUUUCGGACGGUUUACCCAGACCCUGGAGGGGCGCGCUGGUAAUGUGAGAUCCUUGAGAGAGAAGCUACCCUGAGAGCAAGCAAACCUCCUGCCAUGAAGGAACUUCGAGGGAGAGGCUGAGCCAGCUGGUCUUGUGGUGUGUUUGGAAGAUGGCUGUUUGGAAGAUGAGGGUGGGAUUUGUUUUCCAGCUGGGAGUCCUAUUGAGUGAUAGCCAGCAGUUCAUGUUCGUAAUGUGUUUACUGUGGGAAUGGUAAUCCCUAAUCACGUCUCGGAUAUCGCAUAUAUUAUGUUUAGGCAAAUUAAAAACAGCUGUGGUAGUGCU